AUGUCGUAUGAAUGCGUAGCUCCGCUGAUCGAUGAAUACAUGGAUCUGGAGAACAUGAGCCUUGCCGAGUUUCACGAGUUUUUUGCUACGUUUGGAUCAUUACCAGGAAGAGGUCUCGCUCUAAUGUUGAAGGAUACAUUUGAUUCACCGAAAUGGGGUCAGAUAAGUAGCGAUGUGCGUAACAAGAACAAUCGCAACCAAGAAGAAGCUAAGAAAAACCAGUACAGAGAAGUCGAAGCUGAGUAUGAAAUGCUUUCUCUAACUAUAGGUGAUUUCGUGUAUGAUGAAGAUAUGUGGAUGGUAUACACCACGACCUCGAAUCACAUGACCCCGUAUGUGAAGUUCUUCACCACUCUAGACAGAACACACAGGGCUCGGGUGAGAUUUGCCGACGGAUCAAUCACCAUGACAGAAGGGAGAGGAGAUGUCAGGAUCAUGACCAAGGAAGGGAAGACGAAGACGAUCAAGGAUGUGCUUUACGUUCCGGCGAUCAACAGAAACGUGCUCAGUGUUUAUCAUUUGACAUCGAUCGGCUAUUCAGUGAUAAUGGAAGGAAACAAACGUUUCAAGUUCACUAUUAAGGAUCAGAAUGGGAAACUAUUUGGAGAAACCAAUUUGAACGACAAAGGGUAUUUUUAUCUGCGUUUCCAGGUGAUUGAAGGUAAUCUCACCUCUUAA